CGCCGCGCCGAACUAACAUUUUCUACCAAGUGAGCAAAAAAUCCAGAAAAACGUUACGACAAAGUGCCAGUGUGUUUAUAGUAGAGACUUUGGCUUGUGACUUAAUUUUCCAGUUUCAAGGACCAGUCGAAGCAGCCAAGAUGACGCUCGAACAGCCAGCAGGAGAGAUGUGGCAGAAGAUCCGCGAGGAGCUCAAUGAGAAGGCGGAUACCAAGGAGGCUGACCUCGCACACAUCAAAGAGUGGCUCAAGAAGGAGCCCCAUCUACCUGAUGAGUUUGAUGACCAGCGCAUCAUGACCUUCCUCCGUGGCUGCAAGUUCUCCCUGGAGAAGACCAAGCGUAAGCUGGACAUGUAUUUCACCAUGCGCGCUGCUGUCCCCGAGUUCUUCAACGACCGUGAUGUCAACCGCCCUGAACUGCAGGAAAUCUUAAAUAUUGUUCAAAUGCCGCCACUACCAGGCCUAACACCCGAGGGCAGACGUGUGAUUGUUAUGAGAGGUAUUGACAAAGACAUCCAGACUCCUAACGUGGCAGAUGCCUUCAAGCUGGCCCUCAUGCUGGGUGACGUCAGACUGGCGGAGGAGAAGGAGGGAGUGGCAGGAGACGUGUAUGUUCUAGACGCUUCAGUAGCCACGCCUACACACUUCGCCAAGUUCACUCCCACGCUGGUCAAGAAGUUCCUAGUCUGUGUACAGGAAGCUUACCCCGUAAAACUGAAGGAAGUCCACGUCAUCAACGUUUCACCUCUUGUUGACAAGAUUGUCAACUUCGUCAAACCUUUCAUCAAAGACAAGAUCAAAGAAAGGAUCUUCCUCCACACUGACACCAAUGAUCUCUACAAAUACGUUCCUAAGGAAAUGCUGCCCACAGAAUACGGUGGUAAUGCUGGACCCAUGAAUGACCUUCACAAUGCCUGGGUCAAGAAGCUAGAUGAAUACAAAGACUGGUUCGCGGAACAGGAGAAUCUGAAAGCCAAUGAAGCCCUCAGACCUGGGAAGCCAACCAACUAUGACGAACUCUUCGGUAUCGACGGUUCCUUCCGUCAGCUCGUCAUAGACUAAACACCCUUCCAGUAUUACUCCAUCAAGUUUAAAAGACUCGUGGUAAUUUGACCUAUAGGUGCUGUUCAAAGUCUUUUUAACUUGAUCGGGUAUUAGCGUCUCUCUACUGUCGCUUAUUUCAGUUACCAUUUUAAAAUUGUAGCAUUUUAUAUUGACGAUAUUGUUCUGGUGACUGCUUGCUGAACAGGUAGUGCAAUUUUUCCCUCUAUUUCAAUACGGUUAAGGUGUGUUUUUGUUUGAGUUCAGUUUGCAUUCUCUUGGAAGUUUGUUUUGAUGUCAACCAAAGUUUUGCUCAAUUUUGUUCUUUGUUAUGACGUGUGUAUAGCGUCUUUAAUGUUAGGUUUUUGAUAAUAAACAUUUUCUUUAAUAACUA